AAAAGUCUUGAUCAUAGAUCGUUUGAUCUCUAAUUAUCUUCUACGCAUUUCUGGCAUGUAUGUCUUGGAUUAUACUUCUUAUAUCCACAUUUCUUAUACUAUUCUCAAAGCGCGCAUUUUCACACAUUUGCAGAAUUUUGGCCGGACAUUAUCAUCAAACAGUCACCAUGGCGGCCGCAAGAGAACUGGAAGAUUAUCUGGAAACUGGAAGAUACAAGGAUGGCUUGAGCAAAUGCAACAAGCUUCUUAAGAAGUCGCCCGCGAACAACCAAUUACUUUACUUCAAGGCAAACUUCUUGUUCAGCUUGACGCAACACGAUGAGGCCAAUCAAAUUCUUGAUCAGCUUUGUAGUAGGAAUCCUCCUAUUGUUGAUCUGAUGCUCAUUUCAGACUUGGAUGAAUUGGCUACAAUGGCGGUCGCGGACGAAUAUCCACGCGCUUUGAGUAAUGGUCCAAGGGCUGGAAAGCUGUGGACGAAUGCCACCAAUGCGGCGGGCAAGAACGGUGUGAUUGCUAUCAAUCAGAAAAGAUUCUCGACCGCGGUGAACGAGCAGAGAUGGCAGGAUGCGGCUACCGCAUUGAUUGCUAUGAAAAAGGCCGACCCUACCAACAAGCGCUACAAACUCGCCCACAUCGCUAUCCAACAAUUGCUGAGUGAAGCCGAUAAAGAUGAAAAGGUUUCUGGCAUGAAUCGUAUCCUUGCUUUCCGAACUCUCAAGAUGACACCAGUCGAGGACUCUGCACAGCUGAGACUUUUGAUGAACCUGUACCGAAGACAGGGUCAGAAGAAGGAUAUGAUUGAAGCUUUGGAUUCGUUCAAGGACAAGAAGGACGACAAGCUAGCUAAGCAGAUCAUGACCGACUGGCCUUUUACGAGGGAGAAGAUUCAGUUGUACAUCGCGGAGUCUCGUUGGCAGGAGCUGUUCGACGUUUGCUCUUCUCUGCUCGGCGAGGCUUCUACGGACGGUACAUUGAGAGUCAGAGAUGAUUGGGUCGUCUGGGAUGGUCUCGUCAAGGCCUCUUCGAAGCUCGGAAAGACGGACGCCAUUCCCGACAUCACUGAGAAAGACGAUUGGCGCAUCAAGCGCCUACAAAUGAUGGCCAAGGUUCAGGCCUCAGUCCUCUCGGAAACCGAGACCGACGCAAAUGCCAAAUCGGAGAAGACGUUGCAAUCCGCAAAGGACUUCUUCAACGAGUGGCAAACAUACCCAUUCUGCUACGGUGACAUCAAGGAAUUCAUGGACGAACUACCCGCCGAGACACAGCAAGAUUUCUUGAAGCACGUCUCGGACUCGUCGAUGAAGCUGACCAACACCGAGACCAAGAGAUCUGCAAAGGCUUCCGAUCUGCUUACUGCCGAGAUCAACUCAUUGAAGUUCCAGUACCGCAUCAACAUUGGAAUUGCCAAACCGGAGGCACAAGUCAUCAAGAACUUUGCCACCGAAUGCAUCAAACUCAUGGAGACUAGUUCUCAGAGCAAGUUGCGCCUGUCAGAUGCUUGCUACUUGGCCGUGUCAGCACUGAUCCGCCUUUACGAGCUCGAAAAGGACAUUACGUACCUCUUCCAGGCAGCAUACCUCCUUGAGACUGGCCCUGUCACAGAAGAUGCCCACCCCGGUAAAGUAUUGCUUGUCUACCUCGAGACAGAACUGGGUUUGCACUCUCUGGCCAUGAGGCAAUACGCUAGCUUGCGUGUGAGAGAGAUCCAGCAGGAAACAAUGGCCCACUCUCUCCUGACCAGAAUCUCCGUGAACCACCCGUUCGCACUCGACCAAAGAGGUGAGACUUCAGUCGACCCAUACGAGAUCAUCGACAACGCUUUGGACAUGUUCUUUGCUACCGACAAGAAACUCGCACACUCACAGUCAUCACUCAUGAAGCAAGGACAGUGCGAUCUGAUCUUCGAAUUGCAGGAACUACGCGAUACACUCGAACACAGUCUCACCAGACGCAUGCUUAUCCUUGAGCAGUGCAGAAUGGCUCGUCUGACAGACAAUCCAUUCCACCCUCGCACCCCGGACAUUCGUCCAAGUGUCUUGAAGUACUGGACUGAGGACCUCAAGGACAGCAGAGAUUACGCAGAAACUUUCAACUUCGAUGGCAACGGCACAGAAAGUACGCCUGAGCGUAGACUACACAGCGGAGGCAAGAUCCCUAACACCAACUGGAUCUCACAAGCUAUCGUGAGCGAGGAUGUUUGGGCAUUGCUGUCUAACAGACCCACUGUAUGCGCCAAGCCCAGCAGCGUAACAGAGGACGAAGCUGCUGCAUUCGCAGAGGCAGGCGACAAGGAACUCACUCCCACAGAGAAGUCGUUGGCAAAGCCUUGGGCACAGCUCCUCCAAGCCACAAAAUCGCUUCUCGGCACCGACGAGACCAAGCCUGACACAGGUCUACUCGACCGUCUGGCAACCUCAAUCUCAGAGCUCUCCCCCUCAGAUAUGCUCGGGACACAAACAUCCUCAGGCCUGCCUCCAUCAAGCUACACAUUGCAACCCUACUACCUCCUCCUCGAUCUCCUCCGCAGCAGCGCCUUCUUCUGCAACAUCGCCACCGAAGUAGAGAAGAAGAAACGUCAAGGCAAUCGCUUACCACCCCAAAUUAUCCAACGCGUCCGCGACGCCGUUGCCAAACACUUCUCAGCUCUACAGACACUUGCACGUGAGCAGAAGGCAAAAAUCGAUGGUAGAGAUAUGGUGCAGGCAUUGCGUGAGGGUGUUACUGGAGACGCUAUGGCCGAGGCCGAGUUCUUGAGUCAGGGGAUCAGAAACUUUGCCAACAAGGCUGAGGCCAGUGCUUUGGAUGCUUGGGAGGGAGUGUUGAAGGUUAGAUUGGGACUUAAGUAGAUGGGGAGUUCGUUUCUCUAGCGAGCAUAGUCUAUCAGAAAAGCGAAAUGUUAUCCAUCUCUCCUCG